AUGGCCGUCAAAUGGACUGGUGGACAUUCAUCUCCUAUUCUGUGCCUGAAUGCAAGUAAGGAAGGGCUAGUUGCUUCUGGGGCGGAAGGUGGAGAUCUCAUGGCCUGGAGUGAAGAUGGGACUCCGUUAGGACACAUGCAGUUCGAAGGAGCUGAUGAUGUUACCAGUGUUUCAUUCUCCAACAUUUGCCCUACCAAGCUUUAUGCUGCACAUGGAGAAACCAUUAGCAUAUUGGAUGUCCGGUUGUUCAAAGGUUCCCUAGACCAUUUCCAUGUAAAUGAAGAAGAAAUCAAUUGUCUCUCAUUGAAUGAAACUGAAAACCUGCUGGCUUCUGCUGAUGACUCUGGGGCAAUCAAAAUCCUAGACUUGGAAAAUAAGAAAGUUAUCAGAUCCCUGAAGAGACAUUCCAAUAUCUGUUCUUCUGUAGCUUUUCGGCCUCAAAGACCUCAGAGCCUGGUGUCAUGUGGACUGGAUAUGCAGGUGAUGCUGUGGAACCUUCAGAAAGCCCGGCCACUCUGGAUUACAAAUUUACAGGAGGAUGAAUCAGAAGACAUGGAAGGCCCACAGUCACCUGGUCAGCUCUUAAACCCUGCUCUAGCCCACUCUGUCUCUGUGGCAUCAUGUGGCAAUAUUUUUAGUUGUGGUGCAGAAGAUGGGAAGGUUCGAAUCUUUAGGGUGAUAGGAAUCAAGUGUGAACAGGAACUGGGAUUUAAGGGCCAUACCUUGGGAGUAUCUCAGGUUAACUUUUUGCCAGAAUCCUAUUUGCUGCUUACUGGAGGGAAUGAUGGGAACAUAAUGUUGUGGGAUGUGAGCAGUGAAGUUGAAAAAAAACAGAAGAGUCCGACAAAGCAUACCCACAAGAGGAAAACUAAAAGAUCAACUUCCACCAAGCAAGGUGGAAACACUAGUGCCUCGGUAACAGAUGAGGAAGAACAUGGCAGCAUCUUACCAAAGCUAACUAUUAAACAUGGAGAAAAGGUGAACUGGCUCUUGGGUACAAAAGUAAAGGGAUGCCAAAAUAUAUUAGUAGCUGAUCAGACUAGUUGUAUAUCUGUGUAUCCCUUAAAUUAA